AGGAGGCUGAGGCAGGAGCAGUGGAGGCAGCGGCGGGGACGGAGCCGGAGCUCGCGUCGGGCAGCUAGCGGAGCCGAGGAGGAGAAGCAGCAGAAGGAGGAGGAGGAGGAAGAGCCGGAGGCAGCGGCACGACCGAGAAGGCGGCGGAGGAACCGAAGUCGAGGCCGGGGCAGCACCGGGGCCGCCGGGGAGGGGGCGCGGGGAGGGCCCGGCUUGGCUCGGCUUCGCGGCCCGUGGCGGGCCAUGAGCUCUUAGGCCCCGGCCCCCUCCCCGAGACCCCGACCUGGUCAAGGCCGGCCCGAGCAGCCGCAGCCCGAGCAGCCGCAGCCGCCGCCGCAGCAUUAGCAGCAGCAGCAGCAGCAGCCGCAGCCUGAGCUCGGGGCCGAGGGGCUGGAGAAGGCGGCCAUGGCGUCCAACAUGGACCGGGAGAUGAUCCUGGCCGACUUUCAGGCGUGUACUGGCAUCGAAAACAUUGAUGAAGCCAUUACGUUGCUUGAACAGAAUAACUGGGACUUGGUGGCAGCUAUCAAUGGUGUAAUCCCACAAGAAAAUGGCAUUCUCCAAAGUGAGUAUGGAGGGGAGACUGGACAGGGACCAGCAUAUGGACCAGUCAGUCAUUCUGCAGCCUCGGCUUCGGCACCUUCUUCUUCAGCAUUUCGACCUGUUGUGCCAACCAGACAGAUUGUGGAGAGACAGCCACGAAUGCUGGACUUCAGGGUGGAGUACAGAGACCGCAAUGUAGAUGUAGUCCUGGAAGAUAGCUGCACCGUUGGAGAGAUCAAACAGAUUCUAGAAAAUGAACUCCAGAUUCCUGUAUCUAAAAUGCUAUUAAAAGGCUGGAAGACUGGAGAUGUAGAAGACAGUACGGUCUUAAAAACUCUACACUUGCCAAAAAACAACAGUCUUUAUGUGCUCACACCUGACUUGCCACCACCUUCCUCGAGCCAUGCUGGUGCCCUGCAGGAGUCAUUAAAUCAGAACUUCAUGCUGAUUGUCACCCAUCGAGAAGUCCAGCGGGAGUACAGCUUGAACUUCUCGGGAAGCAGUACCAUCCAGGAGGUAAAAAGGAAUGUAUAUGACCUUACUAGUAUCCCUGUUCGCCAUCAGUUAUGGGAAGGCUGGCCACCUUCAGCCACAGAUGACUCAAUGUGCCUCGUGGCAGCGGGGCUCACCUACCCUUGUCACCAGCUCACAGUGGGGAGACGAUCUUCACCAACACAAGCUCGGGAAGAGUCAGAAGAGCAGUGCACCGAUGUUCACAUGGUUAGUGACAGUGAUGGCGACGACUUUGAAGAUGCUCCUGAAUUUGGAGUGGAUGACGGAGAGAUGUUCGGUAUUGCAUCCUCUGCACUGCGAAAAUCACCAAUGAUGCCCGAAAAUGCAGAAAAUGAAGGGGAUGCCUUAUUACAAUUUACAGCUGAGUUUUCUUCAAGAUAUGGAGACUGCCAUCCUGUUUAUUUUAUUGGAUCACUUGAAGCUGCUUUCCAAGAAGCCUUCUAUGGGAAAGCCCGAGAUAGAAAGCUCCUGGCUAUCUACCUCCACCAUGAUGAAAGUGUUUUAACCAACGUCUUCUGCUCACAAAUGCUCUGUGCUGAAUCCAUUGUCUCUUAUCUGAGUCAGAAUUUCAUAACCUGGGCAUGGGAUAUGACAAAAGAAGCUAACAGAGCAAGGUUUCUGACGAUGUGCACGAGGCACUUUGGUAGCGUGGUGGCCCAGACCAUUCGAACUCAAAAGACAGACCAGUUUCCACUUUUCCUCAUCAUCAUGGGAAAGCGCUCGUCAAAUGAAGUGUUAAAUGUAAUCCAAGGUAACACAACAGUGGACGAGCUCAUGAUGAGGCUGAUGGCUGCGGUGGAGAUCUUCAUGGCCCAACAGCAGGAAGACAUAAAGGAUGAGGAUGAGCGUGAAGCACGAGAGAACAUGAAGAGGGAGCAAGACGAGGCUUAUCGUCUGUCACUUGAAGCUGACAGAGCUAAGAGGGAAGCCCACGAGAGAGAAGUAGCUGAGCAGUCUCGUUUGGAGCAGAUGCGGAAAGAACAGGAAGAGGAGCGAGAGGCUAUCCGGCUAUCCUUGGAACAGUCUCUGCCUCCAGAACCCAAAGAGGAGAGCACGGAGCCCGUGAGUAAGCUCCGGAUCCGAACGCCCAGUGGGGAGUUUCUGGAGCGGCGCUUCCUGGCCAGCAGCCAGCUACGAGUUGUCUUCGAUUUUGUGGCCUCCAAAGGCUUUCCCUGGGAUGAGUUCAAGUUGCUGAGCACGUUUCCCCGGAGAGACGUCACCCAGCUGGACCCCAACAAGUCAUUACUGGAGGUAAAGCUAUUUCCUCAAGAAACCCUUUUCCUGGAAGCAAAAGAAUAGCGGGAAGCUGACCGUCAGACUGGCCGUUCCUUGACAGGCCCGCGGCCCCACGUCGAGAGAAAUGCUUCUCUUCUCCAAACCGCCCUACCCUGUCACCCAACUCCACUCAGUGUCUCACACCUCUCUGCCUCUUGCAAGAAUCUUGGAAAGAAUAAUAAACGUAGCUACAUAAAGUUUCCCAUCCAUGAGUAUAUGUUUUCAGCCCUUGCUGCACAAGCAGAGGAGAAUGUUCUACCAUGAACACUUUCCCAGCCCAGUCCCUGCAGCAUUUGUCCUAGAAUUAAUGCACCAUUCAUAUGUGAGUGAUUGUUAGUAGAAUUCUGAUGCUUCUGAUCCUCCCCCCCUCCCCCAGCCCAACCCCAUGAAGUCUCGGACGAGGCCGUCUUCCCUCUUGCCAUUUAGGAUGCUGUAUCUUUGACGAGUCUCAUCGAGCCAGGCCUCUAACCCAUGCAUCUGACUUCAUCUCCAGAUCUGAAUUCUGACUUUAUCCCUUAAGUUAAGGAGGCGGGAGAACAGUCCCCCACCCCACCCUCCCCCAGGUCCCCCGGAGAUCUCCAUGGGAUGCUGUGUUCUCAGCCUCAGAGAUGAGACAGUUGUAGAGGAAGGCCUCGGACUUCCCUCCGGCCUUCUCUGACUUCUUUGAUGAGGUGUAAGGUUUUGUUUGAAGAAUAGAGUUUGAGAUAUAUGCAAGAUAUUUAUUUUCCAGCUCUGCUUUGGACCCUACUCCUGAUUCAGUGUAGAAAGUCUUUUCCAUUAUGUUGCGGUGUAUGAACCUGCCACAGUUGUGCAUGAUGUGAAUAUUUAAAUACUCUGAGAAGGCAGCCCGUACCCAUCCCCCAGCACCUGCCGAUCCGGGAGGCGUCUGGGGAUCGCACCGCCAGAAGACGAGGCCCAAGCCUUCGGCUCACCACGGAUGGACACGGUCCUCCCGGCCUUGCUCCCCCUCCCUCCCUUUUCUUUUCCCCCUUCACUCCACCGCCCACCUGAACCUCCUCGUUCCCGGGUUCAGAAGCCCUUUGUCUGUGUCACCAGCAAACACCGUGCACACGUAGCCUUAGUGUACACAUAGUGUGACAAGGAAGUCCUGGCUUCGUUCCGCUCGACACGGGAGGGUGGCUCAGACGGCGGAUUCCCACCCGCAAGUAAAAGAAGUGGUUCUCGGCGUCUCCGACGCAGCACUUCCGGCGCCUGGCGUGAGCAGACCGUCUCCUCCUCUUUACCUGAAUCGGCUCAGCUCCGAAGAUGCCCGUCGUCUGAACCUGCGGAUAAACAGUUUUGAUGUAUUUUAUUUAAUCAGCAGGCUUAAGGGUUUGGUGAAUUGAAUGCACUAUCCAAGCAUCUACUGUGAUUCAAACUUUUUUUUAAUUCUGGAAUACUUUUCACAUCUGUUUUUAUGUAACUCAUGAUAGCCAAGGUCCUGAUUUGAAUAAUCUCAACUCCAAAGAAAACGGUCCACCUUUAGGCUUUCCCGCUGCCUCACCCAAGUCUUCAGUCGUAACCCCCACCCAAGUGGUCGCGGAGCCUGUCCUCGCCCCCCCGCCGCCAGGGCAGGUGCCGGCGGGGCCAGACGUGAGUCCAGAGAGGCGACUGCCGGGGACCCGCCUUCCCCAGCCCCCUCCUCCGGCCAUGUAGGUGGAGAGGUCACCCGCUCACAUCUGGCCGGAAGAAGGGCCGUGGCAACACAAACAGGGAGUUGAGGCGUUUUGCUGCUGAUCCUUCUCCUGCCUUCCCAGACCAAGGGUUUCCCACUUCCAAACGACACGACGGGACUCGCCUAGAAGUAUUAGCGUCAUUCUCACUUCAAGAGGUCUGUCCAUCAUCCGCGGUUCCUGGGGCCAGACGCCCCUUCUCACUUGGACUUAGCCCGUAGUGGGUUCCCUUCUCCCUUCGUCUGUUGCAGUGUGGAUCCCAGCUUCCAUGGUUCUCUCAGUGCCCCGUACUCACAAAAUGUCCUUAACGCAACCGCUGCUUUUGUAUCAGAGCGUAAAGAGCUUGUCCGUUCCGAGGGUCUCCUCGCGCAGGUGGCGUUCCUCGCUGGACCCUCGCAAGGUGGGAUGGUUUGCAGCAUUGCUGUGCUAAGUCUCCAUUAGAUAUGAUGUAAAUCCCCAGCAUUUCGUCAUCUGUAUUGUAUUUAUCCAAACUUGGAGUUGAACGAGAGCAUUUUUUUUUUUUUAUGGAACUAUGUUUUUUAAUGUAGCAGAAUGGGACUUUGGCGUUCCUAAAUUGUACCUUUUCGGUGACAUUAGAAACAUAAAAUAAAUUUGCAGUUACACUAAA